AUGGGCUCUGGGGGUGGCAGUCGGAGGCUCCAGACGCCUGCGCCGUUGGGCGAGCCCGCGCCCGCGCAGCACCCACAUGCUGGCGAUGACCUAUUGACGAUGCAGAAGGCAAAGAUCCUUUUUUGCAUCCUGGCCCGCGGCAGCGACUCCAAAGAUGCCUGGCCAAAGUCGCCACGAGGCGCUGCCCACUUCGGAAACACGCGGGAUGACGUCGCCCGUUCCUUGAUCACCGCACUGUCGCCGGAGGAGAACCCCUCAGGCGAUGCCGCGGUGGUGCUGAUUUUCGAAAAUACUCGAAGGACACCCAGCAAGAAUUGGUGGGUUUUACAGCCAGAGUUCCUUGAAGACUUGCCGGUCCUCACCGAGUACACGGUGCUGCGGCGAUGCCAAGAGCUGGCGGAGUUCGCCUUUGCGCAGGACUUCAAGGGCCAAGCCUUGGGCCCUCCUCCACCCAGGCCUCCUGGUGCUUUCCUCCUCCAACAGCAAGGCCUCGAAGCCACGGCCUUGCACUUCUUGCACUCUUUGGGGCCUUUGGGUGGGGCCUUGGUGCUUUUGGACGAGACCUUCCCCUGUUUGCCGGUCGCGGAUCGAGCGCGUGCCGGUGCCACAGGCGUUCAGAGCGGACAGUUGUCAAGGAGUCAAGGAGGUGUCAGAUGA